UCUGGGAUUUGCCAAAUGCAUAGCCUUAUUAGAAGAUCUUUCCCUUACUUUGAAGCUUCCAUGGGACUGAAUGAAGAGCAGAAAGAAUUUCAGAAAGUGGCUUUUGACUUUGCUACCCGGGAGAUGGCUCCAAAUAUGGCAGAGUGGGACCAGAAGGAGUUGUUCCCAGUGGAUGCAAUGCGGAAAGCUGCUCAGCUCGGCUUUGGGGGAGUCUAUGUACGAACAGAUGUAGGUGGGUCUGGACUGUCACGGCUCGACACAUCUGUCAUCUUUGAGGCCUUGGCAACAGGCUGCACCAGCACCACAGCCUAUAUAAGCAUCCACAACAUGUGUGCCUGGAUGAUUGAUACCUUUGGAAGUGAGGAACAGAGGCACAAAUUUUGCCCACCGCUCUGUACCAUGGAGAAGUUUGCUUCCUAUUGCCUCACUGAACCAGGAAGUGGCAGUGAUGCUGCCUCCCUUUUGACCUCAGCGAAACGACAAGGAGAUCAUUACCUCCUCAAUGGCUCCAAGGCCUUCAUCAGUGGUGGAGGUGAGUCAGACAUCUAUGUGGUCAUGUGCCGAACAGGAGGACCAGGCCCCAAAGGCAUCUCGUGUAUAAUUGUGGAGAAAGGAACCCCUGGCCUCAGCUUUGGCAAGAAGGAAAAAAAGGUGGGGUGGAAUUCACAGCCAACCCGCGCCGUGAUCUUUGAAGAUUGUGCAGUGCCCGUUGCCAACAGAAUUGGAAAUGAAGGACAGGGCUUCGUCAUUGCCAUGAAAGGACUGAAUGGCGGGAGGAUCAAUGUUGCUUCCUGCUCUCUAGGAGCUGCUCAUGCUUCAGUCAUCCUCACCCGAGACCACCUCAGUGUUCGGAAGCAGUUUGGAGAGCCUCUGGCCAAUAACCAGUACCUGCAAUUCAAACUGGCUGAUAUGGCAACAAGGCUGGUGGCCUCACGGCUGAUAAUCCGCAACGCAGCAGUGGCUCUCCAAGAGGAGCGGGAAGAUGCAGUGGCCCUGUGCUCCAUGGCCAAGCUCUUCGCUACGGAUGAAUGCUUUGCUAUCUGCAACCAGGCUUUACAGAUGCAUGGAGGCUAUGGCUACCUGAAGGACUAUGCUGUUCAGCAGUAUGUGCGGGACUCCAGGGUCCAUCAAAUCCUAGAAGGUAGCAAUGAAGUGAUGAGGAUGCUGAUCUCUCGAAGCCUGUUUCAGGAGUAGCACCCAGACUUGAUGUUUGCACGUGAUGGUUAAUGUACAACUCGAAUCAGAGGUUUCAUGUGGACUGUUAAGUUACAGAUGAGUCAUUGAUGAGAAUGAAGGGCUGAGCUCUUCUAGGUGGACCCAAAGUGGUGGGAGCAGCAUCAGCUAUAGGAAUGGGACAGAGUCCUCAGCAGAGCUAGAGGAGUUGCCCUGAUUGAGAAUGUUACAAGAAGACAUACUACCUUGAUUUCCUAAUGCAAAAAGGUGACCAGUGAAGACUCAUCACCGAGUCAGAGUCCUUUCUUGGAUCCAUGUUGUCCUGAUUUGUCUGCAUUUGGUGGUUCACUGAAUCCCUCUUCCAGGGAUCUGAGCACUUCCAUUGAGGGUUUUUCCUGAUGAUAAAGCAAAGGUGUGGGAAAGGAGAAAUGGACAAAAAAUGUCCUCCUAUCUUUUCUUAUGCUCUACUAAAGAUGCAGAAGGUU